AUGCCCCAGACCCCCACAAGACUCAUCAGCCCCUAUGGUUCGGAUAGGUUGGUGCAGUUAGCUGCUAGGCUUCGGCCAGCACUGUGUGAUACCCUGAUCACUGUAGGGGACCUGGAGUUCCCUGCUCACAGCUUGGUGCUAGCAGGAGCAAGUCCAAGGCUGGGUUGCAGGGGCCGGUGGGCUCUGGUUGAAGGCAUCAGCCCUUCUACCUUUGCUCAGCUUCUAACCUUUGUGUAUGGAGAGAGUGUAGAGCUACAGCCUGGGGAGCUGGGGAACCUUGAAGAGGCAGCCAGAGCCUUGGGGGUGCAGGCCCUGGAAGAGGCAUGCAAGCGAGCUCAAAAGGACAAGAAUGAAGAUGAGCUGGAUCCAGGACUGAAGAGGCGCCAGGAGGCAGAGGAACUCAUGAGGAAUUCUGAGAGAGGACCUGGGGGUCCUGGAGAGAAACAGAAAUCAGAGAAAGAUUUUAGAAGUAAUGGGAGAGAACAGGAGAUGCUAAAUAAGCGCAAAGCACCCAGAGAGAGCCCUGAGAUGGCAGGGAUAACUAGGAAGAUGAGAUCAGAGGAGGCCCUCAGCCCAGCCCCCACGGGCCACAGGGGAGCAGAAAGGAAGCAAGGAGAGGCCAUAGGAGGUAUAGAGAGCCCUGAGGGCUCUGAGGAGUGUCUCCCUGGGCACCCUGGUCUCCUUUCCCCACCAGGUUCCCUCCUAACCAGCCUCAUUCCCAGGCCCUGGUGGGCUGAGGCCCCUUGGUGUAGAGAGGGCCAACCUACCCUGUGGAGCAUUUUCCUGUGGCCGCCCAGAUAUGGCACCCCCUUCUCCCUUAGCACUCCCAUCACUGCAGCCUGGCAGGUCUGGCCUCAAGACCAGAGGAUCCCACUGACCUUGAGCCACUCCAAAGGUCUCUGGAGUCAGAAUCAGCUGGCCUCCUCCAGCCCCGCUCCAGGAUCCUUUCCCCCGGGCCCUGAACAACUCAGCCCUUGGGAGAUAGAAGAGUCUGGGCAAGGGCACACAGGCACACUGGCAACCUGUGUGGGUCAAGAUCACACAGUGAGCUGCCCAUCUCACCAACACCCACCUUUCCCCCCUCCUGCUCGCUCUCGGCCCUAUUCUUGCUCUGUCUGUGGAAAGAGGUUUGCACUCAAGCAUCAGAUGGAGACGCAUUACCGAGUCCACACAGGAGAGAAGCCCUUCUCCUGUAGCCUCUGUCCUCAGCGCUCCCGGGAUUUCUCUGCCAUGACCAAGCACCUGAGGACACAUGGGGCUGCUCCCUAUCGCUGCCCUCUGUGCAGGGCUGGCUGCCCCAGCCUGGUGUCCAUGCAGGCGCACAUGCGUGGCCACUCGCCCAGCCAGCUGCCGCCUGGAUGGACCAUACGCUCCACCUUCCUCUACUCUUCCUCGAGGCCGACUCGGGCCUCGAUCUCUCCCGGAAAUCCUACCUCCUCCUCUGCCACCUGACCGAGUGCUGGUAGCUUCCCUGGCUUGACAGGCGUCCAACCAAAGAAUGAACGGCGGGCGGGCUCAGCCGGCCCUGUCUCUAGGGCUGCCAGGCUACUUUGACUGAAGCGUUGCGGGACAGGAACCACGAACCCUCUCCGGAUGAGUGAGGGCUGCAGAAGUCUCGGCUGGCUGGCCGCGAGCCCGAGUCAAGACAUUUAAAGUUGGCCGGAGUGAAGAUUAACUGGGGACUAUCAAUUUCAUCACUAGAAUAAAGAGUUUCCUGUGUUCUGUAGUC